AUGAGGAACUACACCUCUGGGACAGAGUUCAUCCUGCUGGGAAUUUCCAACAGGGUGUGUACCUGUCUCACAGUAGGCACUUGGCUGGGGGGCAUUGUCCAUGGGAGCAUCCUCACAUUUCUUAUCUUUAUGUUACCCUACUGUGGCCCCAAUGAGGUAGACAGUUUCUUAUGUGACAUUCCAGUGGUACACUCCCUGGUGUGUGCAGACACCUCCAUAGCACGGACUGUGAGUUUUACUAAUGUCGGUGUUGUGGCCCUUGUGAGUCUUCGUCUCAUUAUCACUUCUUACACUCACAUUGUGAUUUCCAUCCUGAAAAUCUGUUCCUCCGAAGGCAGGCACAGAGCCUUCUCCUCCUGCAGUGCCCAUUUCACAUCCAUUCUGUUGUUCUAUGGUCCAGUGAUUCUUAUUUAUCUCAGACCUGCUUCUAGUCUCUGGUUGUAUUCUGAUGUCCAGGUGUUUAAUAAUAUUGUCACACCUCCCUUGAAUCCUCUGAUUUAUACUUUGAGAAACAAGGAAGUAAAAUUAGCCCUGAGAAAGAUGUUGAGUCAAGCAAUGCAACCUUUAGGGUAUAAGGAAUAG